CUGCUCUGCACUUUCAUUAAAAAAAAAACAAAAUCUUUGGAUAACCUCAAUAAUUAAACUUACCUAACUAAAAAUAAAUAAUCACUAAUAAAAUAUUAAUUUUAAGACAACUAAUUUAUUAUAAAAAUAUACAAUGGCUGGAACACUAUUCCGUUCCUUUUUCAAUAAUACUUUAUCAUUUUAUAAAAUAAACACUACAACUGUGAGAAAUUUACAUACAGCCACAGUAUUCUAUGCAGCUAGAAAAGGUACCAGAGCUAAGGCUAAAGCAAAAAAAGUUAAAGUGGAAGUCACAAAAGUUGGCUUCAUACCCCAUAAUCAAAGAGGAAAAGAUAGAUCAGUAAAGGUAAAUAUAAACAAACAUUUGGAUGACACUUAUAAAGCAGAAGCAAAAGAUGAUGUUUACCCAAUGAAAUACUACCGAUGGGUGGUGUACACUGCUGAGGAAGCAGUGCGAGCGCACCAAGAGACCCACCACCCCACUAUGUAUAAUGUACCAGAUGCACUGGUAUAUGCUCGGGUCGAACUCAAUAUGGAGGCUGUUAAAAAAAAUCGGUACAUAGAUAGUUUCACUCGCCUCUGCCUACUGCCACACGUAUUUCCGCGCGAUGAAGAACGCACCAUACUCGCUUUCUGCAAAGGCCCCGAUUUGAUAGACAGUGCGAGGGCAGCUGGAGCCACCACUGUUGGUGGGCCUGAACUCGUGAAAAAGAUUCAGGAUGGUACAAUCAAACUAUUUGAAUAUGAUUAUAUCAUUGCUCAUCCAAAUAUAAUCACUGAGCUGGUACCAAUAAGAGGAUUGAUGAAACGACGUUUCCCCAACGUGCACUUUGGCACUUUAGAUCCCAAUCUAGCAAGUUUAGUCAAGAAAUAUGCAGCCGGUAUCCAGUACCGUGUAUUACAGGAUGAGAACCAAAAAAAUUAUGGAUCUGUUGAAGUGCCAGUUGGACGGUUAAAUAUGGAUUCAAAACUGGUAGCUGAAAAUAUUGAAGUCCUAUUAAAAGACCUCCAGUCUGCACGACCAAAGAGGGAUGGACCUUUCAUUACAAGAUGUUUCAUAGUGAGUCCACCAUCUCGAGAAACACUCAAGAUUGAUCCAUUUGUAUAUGUAGAACGCACACUUACUAAGGAAGUUCAAGAAGACAGUGAUGACGAAGAAGCUGUCGCCGCUACUGGUUAAAAAUAAUAUUGUUAUUUUACUUUGUAGUAUAUAUUAUGCAUAAAUUUAAUAUACAUAAUAUUAAAACUGA